AUGAGGACUUCUCUGCAGGCAGUGGCGCUCUGGGGCAAGAAAGCACCUCCCCACAGCAUCACUGCCAUCAUGAUGACCGAUAACCAGCAAAUGGUUGUGACGGGAAGCCGAGAGGGUCAACUCUGUCUCUGGAACCUUUCCCCUGAAUUAAAGAUAUCAGCUAAAGAACUCCUGUUUGGUCAUUCAGCUUCAGUAACCUGUUUGGCAGGGGCAAGAGACUUCUCUAAAGAGCCAUACAUUGUUAGUGCUGCUGAAAAUGGGGAGAUGUGUGUUUGGAACGUCACCAGUGGACAGUGCGUGGAGAAGGCCACCCUUCCAUAUAGACACACCACCAUUUGUUAUUACCACUGCUCAUUCCGGAUGACAGGAGAAGGCUGGCUUCUGUGUUGUGGAGAGUAUCAAGAUAUCCUUGUCAUUGAUGCCAAAACACUGGUGCUCGUUCACACUUUUACAUCAUCUCAGUCUCCUGAUUGGGUCAGCUGCAUGUGCAUUGUUCAUUCCAUGAGAAUCCAAGAAGAUUCCCUCGUGGUGGUAUCAGUGACCGGUGAGCUCAAAGUGUGGGACCUCUCCUCAUCUAUCAACAGCAUUCAGGAAAAGCAAGAUGUUUAUGAAAAAGAGUCCAAGUUCCUCGACUCCUUAAACUGCCAGACAAUACGAUUUUGCACUUACACAGAAAGACUUCUGUUGGUGGUGUUUUCUAAAUGUUGGAAGGUUUAUGAUUAUUGCGACUUUUCCCUUCUGUGGACUGAAAUGAGCAGAAAUGGGCAGUUCUUUGCUGGUGGUGAGGUGCUUGCUGCUCACAGAAUCCUCAUCUGGACAGAAGAUGGUCACAGUUAUAUCUAUCAGCUGCUGAACAGGUGGGCUCAGAUGGGAGCAGCAUACAAAACAUUCAGUGGGCUUUCAAAAAGCACACACCCUGCUGAUGGAAGAGUGCUUAAAGAGACCAUUUAUCCUCAUUUGCUGUGCUCUACUUCUGUGGAGGAAAAUAAGAGGCAACCCUGUGUUAUGGGCUACAUGAAUGAAAGGAAAGAGCCAUUUUAUAAAGUACUGUUUUCUGGAGAAAUCUCAGGACGAAUUACUUUGUGGCACAUCCCCGAUGUUCCUGUUUCCAGGUUUGAUGGUUCUCCCAGAGAGAUACCAGUCACUGCCACCUGGACGCUUCAGGAUAAUUUUGAUAAGCAUCAUACUGUACCGCAAAGUAUUGUUGACCAUUUCUCAGAUUUUAAAGAUGGCAUAGGAACUGCUGUAGUCACCUCAUCAGAGUACGUGCCAAAUCUUGAUAAACUAAUAUGUGGCUGUGAAGAUGGGACAAUUUUCAUCACCCAUGCUUUAAAUGCUGCCAAAGCUGGACUUCUAGAAGGUGCUUCGUUAUUAAAAGGUCUGUCCUGCCACAAGGUUCUGAAAGGCCAUCAGCAAAGCGUCACUGCGUUGCUUUACCCACACGGUCUCUCUUCAAGAUUUGACCUGAGCUGGUUGGUGUCCGGGGACCAAAACUCAUGUGUCAUCUUGUGGGACAUCUUUACUGAAGACAUUCUGCAUAAAUUCUUUUUGGAAGCUGGUCCAGUAAUGAGCCUUUUGAUGUCACCAGAGACUUUUAGAAUGGGAGGCAACCAGAUAAUUUGCUGUGUGUGCAGUGACCACUCUGUGGCUCUCCUUCACCUAGAAGGGAAGACUUGCCUCUUGCGGGCCCGGAAGCACCUUUUCCCUGUGAAGCUGAUAAAAUGGCACCCGACUGAGAAUUUUUUAAUUGUUGCAUGUGCAGAUGACUCUGUAUACGUCUGGGAGAUUGAAACAGGCACUUUGGAAAGACAUGAGACAGGAGAGAGAGCAAGAAUUAUUCUUAAUUGUUGCGAUGACUCUCUACUUCUAAAGCGGGAGUCUAUACUAGGUGCUUCCUCAGAGGCACAUAAGCACCAAAGUGUGGAACAAAGAUCGUCAGCCUCCUACCAACUUGGCCCAGUACCUUGCCCUGGUCUGCAGGUGGAGUCUUCAUGCCAGGUGGCUGAUGCCACAUCAUUCUCAGGACCUUUCCACGUGCUGCCGGUGAAGACAAAAUGGAGUAAUGUUGACUUUUAUGUUCUUCUGUUUGAUCUGGAAAACCUUCUUGAACUUCUGCUGCCUCCACUCAGAGAUGGAGACCCUUCCAGUUCAUUCUAUGGUAAUGAGAUCCUAAGAAGAGCCAAGAGCACAGCAGAGAAGAAGACAAUAAAAAGAAAUAAAGCUGCCUGUAGUCCCCUCCCUGCCGAGGCACAACCUAUGCCUGUCAGUGAAAACCUGGUCCAAGGAGAUCACAUCAGCAAAUUCUUUGAAGAAAAUGAUGGCAUGAAAAGGCAGAAGAAAAUGAAGUGUUCCAAAAAGAUGCAUCCUAAGCUGUUAAGGAAAGUUGAUACCAACCUCACUGUAGACACAGCAAAACUGUUUCUGUCCUGCCUUUUGCCUUGGGGAGUGGACAAAGAACUAGAUAAUCUCUGCAUUAAGCAGCUCAAUAUUUUAAAGCUUCAAGGUCCUGCUUCUUUAGGACUUGCUUCAAACAGAGAUUACUUCUCGUUAAUGCUGCCAGGCUGGGAUUUAUGCAACACUGAAAUAAUGAAAGACUAUUCGAGAGUAAAUUUAUUUUCCAGAAAAGUUUUGGAACUGUCAAAUAAAUACUCAGCCACUCUUCUAAACCAUGUUGGAAUACCAAGAGAAUUGGAAAGUAGUUGUGAUUCCUUGCAGGAAUCAAAGACUAUAGCUUAUUUUUUGAGCAAACUCUUUUUAAUUAAUAAAUUAGUUAACAUGCCUUUAGAAUUGACCUAUGGAACUGGCAGUUCCUUCAAAAUGGAGUCUGUUCAUAAGCUGAAAAGUCCAGGGAGUGAUAUUUUGAAUAUGUCAAGCUUCUAUGGUUACCUGCGAAAUGGAAAGAAUGAAUCCCAUAUGCCCGAGGCUGACCUGUCACUCGUGAAGCUGAUUUCCUGUUGGAGAGAUCAGUCAGUACAGGUAACCGAAGCAAUACAGGCUGUACUUCUGGCAGAAGUUCAACAGCACAUGAAGGUUUUAAAAAAUGUGCCAGUCAGCAGCCAGCCAGUGUCCCUGAUGGAGAAGGGCAACUGUGAGCUACAGCAGAUUGUCCCAAAGAAGGAAUGGGCUGAGGAGCUAGAGUUGCAGUAUGUUAGAACCAGUGUGCCUCCGCACAUACCAGUCAGUCCGGUCAAGCAUGACAGCAACUCAAACUCGGCAAACUUCCAAGAUGCUGAGGACAUGCCUGACAGAUGUGUCUUAGAAGAGUCUGAGAGUCCAGGUGAGCCAAGACAUCACUCAUGGAUAUUAAAGGUGUGUUCCUGCAAAGUGUGUUAA